GAUACCGCAGGGCAGGAGAGGUACAGGACUAUCACCACCGCUUACUACAGAGGAGCUAUGGGCUUCAUCCUCAUGUACGACAUCUGCAAUGAAGAGUCCUUCAACGCUGUGCAGGACUGGUGAGUGAGUGGUCUGCUGACUGAGAAACCAGGGCUGUGUCUCAAUACUCUAAAAUGGCUUCCUUUGCGUGUGUGUGUGACUGUGUGUGACUGUGUGUGUGUUUGACUGUGUGUGUGUUUCAGGGCUACCCAGAUAAAAACCUAUUCGUGGGAUAACGCUCAGGUCAUCAUGGUGGGCAACAAGUGUGAUGUGGGCGAGGAGAGGGUGGUGCCCACAGAGAAGGGGAAGCACUUGGCUGACCAAUUAGGUGAGUUCAUUUGUGGGAUGAAUUGGUAAAUUGCCUGUAAGAUUGUGUGCUGGAUUACCAUAUUGUCAAGGCUGUCCUUCUGCUGAAAUUCAUGUUUUCGCUUUAUAGCAGUGAUGACCUGCAUGGUAGUUCUGGCCAGGACAAGAUUCCAUGUUUCGUGUGAGAUUUUAAUUGAAACCACACUGAGGAAUUGUGGUGGUGAACAAAAUGGCGUCUAUUCUAUUCUAGUAGAAUGAAGAAUAAAUUGGUAAUACAAAGUAAAGACUUAUCCCCUGGGGCUAUACAGUACCCUCUGUAAUUAUUGGGACAGUGAAGCAUUUCUUCUUCUUUUGGCUCUAUACUCCAAAAGUUUGGAUUUGAAAUCAAACAAUGACAAUGUGGUUAACGUGCAGACUGCCAGCUUGAUUUGAGGGCAUUCUCAUUCAUAUUGCAUGAAACGUUUAGAAAUUACAGCACUUUUUGUACAUAGACCCUUUUUAUGGGACCAAAAGUUUUGGGACGAAUUCACUUAUACAGUUGAAAUCGGAAGUUUACAUACACUUUAGCCAAGUACAUUUAAACUCAGUUUUUCACAUUUCCUGACAUUUAAUCGUAGUAAAAAUUCCCUGUCUUAGGUCAGUUGGGAUCACCACUUUAUUUUAAGAAUGUGAAAUGUCAGAAUAAUAGUAGAGAGAAUGAUUUAUUUCAGCUUUUAUUUCUUUCAUCACAUUCCCAGUGGGUCAGAAGUUUACAUACACUCAAUUAGUAUUUGGUAGCAUUGCCUUUAAAUUGUUUAACGGGUCAAACGUUUCCGGUAGCCUUCCACAAGCUUCCCACAAUAUGUUGGGUGAAUUUUGGCCCAUUCCUCCUGACAGAGCUGGUGUAACUGAGUCAAGUUUGUAGGCCUCCUUGCUCGCACACGCUUUUUCAGUUCUGCUCACAAAGUUUCUAUAGGAUUGAGAUCAGGGCUUUGUGAUGGACACUCCAAUACCUUGACUUUGUUGUCCUUAAGCCAUUUUGCCACAACUUUGGAAGUAUGCUUGGGGUCGUUGUCCAUUUGGAAGAUUUGCGACCAAGCUUUAACUUCCUGACUGAUGUCUUGAGAUGUUGCUUCAGUAUAUCCACAUAAUUUUCCUUCCUCAUGAUGCCAUCUAUUUUGUGAAGUGCACCAGUCCCUCCUGCAGCAAAGCACCCUCACAGCAUGAUGCUGCCACCCUGUGCUUCACAGUUGGGAUGGUGUUCUUCGGCUUGCAAGCAGCCCCCUUUUUCCUCCAAACAUAACGAUGGUCAUUAUGGCCAAACAGUUCUAUUUUUGUUUCAUCAGACCAGAGGACAUUUCUCCAAAAAGUACGAUCUUUGUCCCCAUGUGCAGUUGCAAACCGAAGUCUGGCUUUUUUAUGGCGGUUUUGGAGCAGUGGCUUCUUCCUUGCUGAGCAGCCUUUCAGGUUAUGUCGAUAUAGGACUCGUUUACUGUGGAUAUAGAUACUUGUGUACCGGUUUCCUCCAGCAUCUUCACAAGGCCCUUUGCUGUUGUUCUGGGAAUGAUUUGCACUUUUCGCACCAAAGUACGUUCAUCUCUAGGAGACAGAACACGUCUCCUUCCUGAGCGGUAUGAUGGUUGCGUGGUCCCAUGGUGUUUAUACUUGCGUACUAUUGUUUGUACAGAUGAACGUGGUACCUUCAGGCGUUUGGGAAAUUGCUCCCAAGGAUGAACCAGACUUGUGGAGGUCUACAAAAUUUUUUCUGAGGUCUUGGCUGAUUUCUUUUGAUUUUCCCAUGAUGUCAAGCAAAGAGGCAUUGAGUUUGAAGGUAGGCCUUGAAAGACAUCCACAGGUACACCUCCAAUUGACUCAAAUGAUGUCAGAAGCUUCUAAAGCCAUGACAUCAUUUUCUGGAAUUUUCCAAGCUGUUUAAAGGCACAGUCAACUUAGUGUAUGUAAACCUCUGACCCACGGGAAUUGUGAUAUAGUGAAUUAUAAGUGAAAUAAUCUGUCUGUAAACAAUUGUUGGAAUAUUUACUUGUGUCAUGCACAAAGUAGAUGUCCUUACCGACUUGCCAAAACUAUAGUUUGUUAACAAGAAAUUUGUGGAGUGGUUGAAAAAUGAGUUUUAAUGACUCCAACCUAAGUGUAUGUAAACUUCCGACUUCAACUGUAAGUUCUUCCCCAUACGUGUUAUUAGCAUUGCUCUAGUCUUGUCAAGAGUUGUCGUGCUAACCAGUCUACACACUUCAUUUCUAUAGCUGUGCGCCAUAACGUGCCAUGUCUGUACUUUGCACCCCAUGUUGUGGAGGCAAGCUAUUCAGUACUAGUUGUUUCAUGCUGACUGCUCUGAUGUCACCUUCCUGAGACCUUCGGUCACUCCUGGAGCUUUGUGUUAGCCUCUUGCUCUCAAAUGUUGAACGGUUGGCUGAAGUGUGACCACUGUUGAGGGUAUCUUAUCGAAUCCGGGAGCGUGUUGAUGCAUGGUACACAUCAUGGUACAACCUGUGUAAUAUACAGUAUGCUGUGUACCCACCUAGCUCUGGUCCUAGGCAUUAGUUGCAUUCCACUACUAACUUAGUAGAGGAACGCACACUAACGCCCUGGACCAGAGCUAUGUACUCACCAUACUGUAUGUACUCCUUCUGUCUGUCUGCAGGGUUCGAGUACUACGAGGCCAGCGCCAAGGAGAACAUUAAUGUCCGCCAGGUGUUUGAGCGGCUGGUCGACAUCAUCUGCGUCAAGAUGUCCGAGCGAGUUGACGUGGAGCCGCCCAUGGUCCCCGGCGUCAAGACCACCAGACUCACCGACAAGCCCCCCCAGUUACCUCAGAAGUGCACCUGUGCCUGACUCACACGUAUAGGGCCAAACCGAGCCAAGCCAUGCCGAGCCGUACUUGGCUGGCCUGGUUACGCAUCUACCAUAGUUGCUGAAACCAUGCUGGAAAAUACCAUUUGAAUAGAAAAUAUCCGAUCCAGCACAGUGCGGUUGGGGUUGGCCCUAUAGUAAGAGUCAGGUACUACUGAUUUGGCCUCUCAGUUCUCCCCUACUACACUUGCCAUUCCACUAUUGUUCUUUCCCUACUCCCUGUUAAGCUAUUACAAGUUCUACAAACCUCUUUCCAAAGGUAGCUAUCUAUACAAUGUAAUUAAUCAAGCUACCAAUAACCACUACUACUACUACUACCAC